AUGAGAGGUGGCGUUAAUCUGUGUGUGUGUGGGGUGAUUGAGAGAGGAGCUUUGCCCCUGGAGGCGGUGAGCGAGGCGGGGAGUCGCGUUGUGCUUGCGCUGACACGUCACGGUGGGCACAUAGGGUUCUUGGCGGGACUGCUGCCAACGGGUCGGAGUUUGUUGGAUCGUGCGGUGCCAGAGUUUGUGUCGGCUGUAUUUCAGCAUGCGGAGGAGUUUGCAGUCGCCGCAGUCGCCGGUGAUGGGAAGGAGGAGAUGAAGAAUGGAAGCGAGGAGGGGAAUGGCGCGGAUUUGGUGGAUGAAGCUACGGCCACGUUUUACUGA